ACGUAGUAUCUUCAAUUUUUACAGCUUGUUGUCGAUUAGUUAAAAAUGCCGCGAUCCAUCUAAUGAGCACAGGGGAUCGAAACACUCAACUUUUCCAACUCACGUAGUAUAAUGUUAUGAUCAAUCAAAUCAAAUCCUUUAGAGAAGUCCGCAAAAAAAACACGGGCAGCUGUAUUUCCACGAUCAAUUGCCUCAAAUAUGGCUUGUAGUAAAUAUAGCCGGGCAUCAGUUGUUGAGUGUCCCUUCCGUGCGUAUUGUCGUACAUCAAUUUUGUUAUCCAAUUCUGGAAGUAAUUUUGUGAUGGUGAAACCUUCCAUAAUUUUAGCCAAAGUGCAAGUAAGCGAGAUAGGUCUUAAGUCGCUGUCCAUCUUCUUCGGUGGGGUCACUUUGGGGAUAGGGUUGACAAUGGAAGACUUUAGAG